AUGGUAUUAAACGAUGAUCUCGUCAAUCAUGGCAUGACUAUUCAUCAUGGUAAAAAUUUUGACUUCUGUCUAAUCGAUUUUCCUCUUGUCCAUUCAAAUGCACCGUUGGCUGUUCGAUCUAAGUGCAGGGACUUUCGUGAUAAUCUCAUUCGAACAUUUUCCGACGAUGCACCGAAUUGUGAGAAUACACGACGUCCAUGCUACAAAUGGACCAUUGAAUUCAUAUGGAGUGCAAUUAUCGAUGAUGUUAUUGUUUUUAAUGAAAGUUUCAAAGCCGUAUCAGAAGGACAUACUCUCAUGUUCGUGUGCUUCGACAAUAAUAUUUUGCCAAAUCAACAAGAUUUUUUAAUUAACCAAUAUACCAAUAGCGUCUUUUUUGAGUCGCACAAUACUAAUUCGAAUAGUAAUUGUGACACAAUCUUCAACUAUCUGCGUGAAAACCAACAUAACGAGAUCGUGCGACCGAAACGGAGGACACCAGAUUAUUCUUAUCCACUGCGUCUUCAUGCUAAUAGCAUUAGCAGUGGACUUGUUUUUAACUAUUUCUAUUCCUAUCUCAAUCGACAAGUUGGCUCAACAAAUAAUAUCUUUCUCACAUUCAUUUUCAACAGAAAUAUAAGUCGCGAAGCAUUUCCCUCAAGAGUUAAUACAAUGAAGAAAACCACCAAAGAUUGCUACGACACAUAUGAAGAAUAUUUUAAGAGUGUUAAACUUGAGGAAGACAAGAAAAAUGCUGAAAUUCGACUAGUGCCAGUCUACUAUUUACUUGCACCUACAUCGUGUAACUUUGGUCCGCCAGAUACUGGCACUUCGAUUGUACACAAUGAGACGACCCUUCGAGGAACAAUCAUUGAUCCAGAUAAUCCGAAGAGCAUACAUUUGGCCACUAUAAAUGGAGAAGUGCUUCGAUCUAGACCGAUGCAUCACUACAAUCGCUAUCUUCGUCGUACAUUUUACUAUAUCGAUGAAAUCGACAAAAACAAUAAGCUUGUUCGAUAUCUAUUUUGUGGAGAAUAUCCUUAUAUUUUGUCUAUUCUUGGCCAAUUGGAACAAAGUGGUCAAAUAAGUAGGGCACAAAAGAGAGAUGAAUAUUUGCGCUUCUGCAAUAUGCUCAAUCGAAUUCUUGCUAUUGAAAAUUUAACGGAAUCAAUCAAAUUGAUCCAAAUUGAUGACGAAGAGAGGAAAGAGACUACCCAGGUUGAUCAAGAUGAUAAAUACAACCAAGCUGAUUAUGCAGAUGCUAAAUCAUUAUCGAGUUUGAUCAAAGAAGAUAUCGAUCAAUGGUAUGACAGCUCUGAUAUGUACGUGGCUGAACUUUCUAUUACUUCAAUGAUCCUUCAAUCUCAAAAAAAUAAUCAUGUAGUGUUCUUCUUUUUCAAGAAAACGAAUAAUGAGCAAUUGAUUAUAGCACUGAUCAAAGAUCUCAAAGAAAAAUUGGAAGCUCAUGGUUAUGUCGUCGAUGAUGUCAUUGACGAUCUCAAUUCAAUCGAAGAAUUAGAACAGAUCAUCUUUAUUUGUACCGGCCACAUGAAUGAUCAUGAUAAUUAUCAAAUGAUGCAAGCCGUAGGACGCAAGAUCACUAAACGUGGUGUACUACGUGAUGUCUUUAUUUUCAUCAACGAUGCUAUUCAACAUUUUUCGUGUCAUCUUAUUAAAUCUGUUCCAUAUCUCACCUUUGAUUUGCGCGUACGUGCGGCUCAAUUAACCGAUGAUGAAGUUCGAGAAGUGAUUGAUUAUCUUAAUAAUAUGAAUGUUCUGUCGAAGAUUUACACGAAUAUGUUCGACAAUACUUAUCAUUCUGUUCAACAGACAGCUAUCCAAUGUACAAGUGUUGGUGCAGGUUGUGCUGCUGCCUUUUAUUUUAAUUAUGCCAAAAUUCUGACAUCUUCGCCUGCUCAUCAACAGCGAAUAAAAUUAAUUCAUCAACAGCUGCUCAUAGAGAAUCUUCUCGAUUCUGAACAAAACAAAGCAAUUUUCAUCAGUAAAUGGGUGUUUGUCAUUCCAUGGACCAUCGAAAAUUCUUCUCAACUUCUCUCUUACGGUCUAUCAUUGAAUGAAAGCGAGCAAAAAUCAAUGGGGUUUAGCUUAACUUGCUGGAAGUCGGCAAAUACAAAUUUCAUCAGUCCAAACUUAUCAAUGACCAUUGGUGGUGUCUUUCAACGAUCAUACAGUCCUCUAGUUAUCUACAAACUCACGAAUCUAACUCAUGAAAAGAUUAUCUAUUUUCCAAUGGAGAUACCGGCGGCUUUCGAUCUUCGACAAUUAUCAAAUGAAACGAAAAAAAAAUAUCCACCAAUUAAAGAAGCAGCGGAAGCAUGUAAUAUGAAAUUACGAGAAUAUAGUACUAUGAAAGAUAAUUUGAGUACAGUAAUGCGUGAUGCAAGUGUCGAUUUACUUCAACCAUUUAUCUUAGGAUGUGAUACUAAACAAGUUAAAAUUGUUCAAUUAUGUUUAACAUCAAUACAAAAAUUACUUCAACAUCAUAUUGUUAAUCAAGCAUCUGCAGCGACGAUUGUUAAUGUUUUAAGUACUUUAUGUGAAUUACAAACUGAAGAAUUGAAAAUUUUACAAACUGUUUUAUUACUCGUUAAUACAACGUCUGUAGUUGUUCAUAGUACACUUGCUACGUUAUUCGUUAUUACUUUUCGAUUAUGCUUCAGUAAAGAUCCAACAAUUGUAAAUACUUCUAUAGCUGCUGUUCGACAACUUGUUACAGCUGUUUAUGAUCGUGUUAUUGAAGAAGAUGCUCAAAAUACAACAUCCGGUGAUCAGUCUAAUCAAGAUUCUGAUCCUUCAAAACAACAACAUUCAUCAUCAAAUAGUGUUGAUACAUUACGUCCUUAUGCUCGUGAUGCCUAUCUAUUAUUUCAAGACCUUUGUUAUUUAAUAAAUGGUGAUCAACCAAUAUGGUUAAUUGGUUUAACAGAAAUAACUCGAACAUUAAUUCUUGAAUUACUUGAAACAAUUUUAACACAUUAUGCACCUAUAUUUCAUUCUCAUAGUGAAUUUCGUUAUUUAUUAAAAGAAAGAGUUUCUCCACUUGUCAUUAAAUUAUUUUCGCCAGGUACAAAAUUCUCAAAUUCUAAUCCGAAUUCAUCAAGUGGAACUAAUUCUAAUACAACAUAUGAUAGUGCAUAUUUUCCACUAAUAGCUCGUCUUUUACGUGUUGUUUGUAUAUUAAUACGAUUUUAUUUUACAUUAUUAAUAACGGAAUGUGAAAUAUUUUUAUCAUUAUUAAUUAAAUUACUUGAACCCGAUAAACCUAUAUGGCAAAGAUCAUUAGCUAUUGAAUGUAUACAUAAAAUAAUAAUACAUCAAAAUUUAAUAAAAUUAUUUUGCUUAUCUUAUGAUAUGCAACCGCAUUCAAGUAAAAUUUUAAGAGAUUUAACAAAUGCAAUUAGUUCAUAUGUUCAAUCAUUUUUUAAUAGUGCAACUGUUUCAUCAAAUUCAUCAACUAGUAGUGGACAAACAAAUACAACUACUUCAGUUAUUUCAGAUAAAAAAUCUUCUGGAGCUAGUACAACUUCAAAGUUAGAUAAUUUUAAUCCUCAUUCAUCAAAUAUUUCCAAUGGUGCUGGUGGUACAUCGCAUACAAUUCUUUUUGCAUAUCGAAAUUUAGUUGUUCCACAAUAUGUAACAUAUACUCAAGGUCAAGCAAAAGCUGUUUAUGUUGAAAAUUGGGAAAAAUUUGAUUGUCCACUUAUUCCGGAUUCAUAUGGAAUAGUUGUUGCUUAUGCAUGUAUGCUUGAACUUGUUCGAGCUGUUCAGUUAAUUAUUGAAGGUACAGGUAUGCGUGGUGAUACAAUAGCUGGCACACAAUUACGUACCCCAAUACAAAUUCGACCAUUAGAAUCUUUAACAGAAACUGAACGACAUGAAUGUAUUGAAGUUGUUAAUUGUACAUGGUCAAGUGUACUUGUUACAUAUACAUUAUUAUAUGAUGUUUGUUAUGAUGAUACAACAUGUGAAUUACUAUUACGAGGAUUUCAAACAUAUAUAUCAUUAUGUGGAUUACUUGGAAUGAAUGUUCAACGUGAUGCAUUUGUUACAUGUUUAUGUAAAAUGGCAUUACCACCACAAUAUAAUAUUCAUCUAUUAAGUAAACAACAAAAUAGUGAACAACAACAGCAACAACAAAGUUUAUUACAGAAAUUAACAGGUAGAUCAAAUGCAGAUGCAACAUCAGGAAGUGAUUUUGAAAGACAACAAGUUGUAAUUGUUGGAACACCUUUACCAUUAUUGAAUUCAUCACCAGCAACAAAUCAAACGGCUGUUAUGUUAACAUCAAAAAAUAUUCAUUGUAUGCGAACACUUCUAUCAGUUGCUCAUUGUUAUGGAAGUAUACUUGGUACAUCUUGGCAUUUAAUUUUAACAACUCUUCAACAUCUUGUUUGGAUAAUUGGAUUUAAACCAUCAACUGGUGGUACACUUAAACAUGUUGGAACAAUAUCUAAUACAGAUGCAGCACCAAUGGCAAAUUCAUCAGCUGUUGUAACAACAGCAGCUAUGGCUGAUUUACCAAUAUUAUCAUCAAUGCUUUCACGUUUAUUUGAAUCAAGUGUUUAUUUAGAUGAUGUUGCAUUACAUCAUUUAAUAGAUGCACUUAUACGUUUAAGUAUUGAAUCAAUGGAAGUUGCUUUAUCUGUUCGUGAACCAUCAUUAUUUGCUAUUGCAAAAAUACUUGAAACUGGUAGAGCAAAUUUAAAUCGUAUUGAUGUUUGGUGGAAACCUAUUUCAUCACAUUUACUUGAUGUUUGUCAACAUACAAAUCCACGUAUGCGUGAAUGGGGUACAGAAGCAUUAACAUUACUUGUACGUAAUGCACUUGAAUUUAAAUAUGAACAAAAUUUAUUUGAUAAUGAACGUUUAUUACAUAUGAUUAUUUUAUCCUUACAUGAAUUAUCAUUAAUUCAAUAUUUUGAUGUACGUCAAAAACAACUUGAAGCUACCUUAUCAAUAUUAACUAAUAAUGGACCUACAUUACAAACAGGAUGGCCAAUUAUAUUGAAUAUAAUUGGUUCAAUAACACGUGAACAUAAUGAUUCUUUAAUACGACAAGCUCAACAAUGUUUACAAUUAGUUGUAACAGAUUUUUUAUCAACAAUACCAAUAUGUUAUUUAGGUAUAUUAAUAAAAGUAGUAGCAAAAUUUGGUUUUCAAGAACAAGAUUUAAAUAUAGCUUUAUCAGCUAUUGGUCUUUUAUGGAAUAUGACUGAUUAUUUAUUUCGUAUGAAAGAACAAGAACAUCAAUUAAAAAAUGUUAAUGAUUAUUUAGAUCCAAAUGAAAUAUAUGAUACAUUAACAUCAAUUGAAGAAUUAUGGAUGAUUUUAUAUAGAAAAUUAAGUGAAUUAACUAUGGAUCAACGUCCAGCUAUAAGAAAAUCAGCAUCAUCAACAUUAUUUACAAUGAUAACAUCACAUGGACAAUUAUUAAGUACAGGUGCAUGGAGUAUUUUAAUUUGGCAAGUUUUAUUUCCAUUAUUUGAACAAGUUGAACAAUUUUUUUAUACGGCAUCAAAAGAACGAGAACAAUUACAACAACAACAAUUAUCAAAAUCAUCGGGUGGACAAGAUAUAUUAAUGCAUCAUUCGAGAGAUACACCAGAAAAACAAUGGGCUGAAACAUAUGUUAUGAUAUUAGCAGGUGUUACAAGAACAGUUCAAGUGAAAAAAGAUUUUCUAGCUAAAUUAGACGAUUUUCCUAAAGUUUGGAGUGUUCUCUUAACAAAUAUUGAAAAAUCUGCCUUAGCAAAAAAUCCUGAAAUUGCUCUUGCUGCAUUAAAAAGUUUCAAUGAUCUUGUUAAUGUACCAUUAAGUCCUUCAUUAUCUCCAUCAUCAAAAAAAUCUUCAACACCUCGUGAUCAACAAUUAUGGCAACAAGCUUGGCAAGUUUGGUUAAAUAUAGGUAAUGGUUGUAGUCGUUGUCCACCUGAACGUAUAAUAAUAAUUGAUCGUUAUGAUUCAAAUAUACCAUCACAAAAUUUUCUUACAUUUUUUAUUGAUAUAUUUCCAAAUUUAAUAAAUCAUAUAUGGUCAAGUGAUUUUAUUCAUAAUGCAAAACAUUUUGAACAAUUUUCAACAAUAAUUGAACGUGUUCUUGCUGUACCAAUACAUUCCGAUAUGGCUUUAUUUUUAAUUCCAACUGAUGUUAAUUUAACAUUAUUACAAGAAUCAGCAUAUAAAGCAAUGGAAUUUGUUUGUAAAAAUUUAAAAUUAGAAUUAACUAAAUCAUCAAAUGCAUCAGCACUUUUACCUAUUUGUUUUAAACGUUUACUUAUUCUUGUUCUUUUUGCUAUAAAUCCACCUGUAUUUGAUUGUACAGAACAAAUUAAAAAAAUUCCAAUAAAUAAACAACAAUCAAAUGGAAAAAAUGAUUCAAAUGUUAAUUUUGUACCAUUUAGUGAAAAAAUUCUUCGAAUGACUAUUAGCUUUUAUGAAGAUGUUGCUGAUAAUCCAGCAGUAAUUGAAAAUGGAACAUUACAAACAAUUAUUCAAACAUUACAAGUUCCAUUAUCAAUGAAAUAUAAUUGUCCGAGUUCAACAACUUGGAAAUUAGCAAUUGAAUGUUUUUUUCGUGUACUUAAAGUUGGACUUGUUGUAGCAAGAAAACAUCGAAAUGCAUUUGAAAGUAUGUGGACAGAAUUAGCUAAAACAUUCGAUGAUUUUCUUUUUUCAAAAAGUGUGCCACCAACGGAUAUACCAAUUGAAGAACUUCAACGAGAUGAAGCAAUUGAUUGUCAAGCAAUUGAACUAAUUCGAGAUGAUAUUUUACCAUAUGCUAAUGUACUUCCAGAAACAUUUAUAACAAAAAUAUUAAAUAUACUUAAUCGGGGUUCAAUUUAUUCAUGUACAACAGAUAAUUUUAUCGAUAUUGAUUCUGCUCGUCGAUUACGUGAAGAAUUUUCUAAAAUAUGUUUUGAAACAUUACUCAAAUAUUCAUUCAUAAACGAUUCAUCAUCAUCAAAUGAUAAUAUUGUUAUAACUCGUCUUGCACUUAGUUCAAUGUUAAAUCGUUGUAAAGAAAUUUUACAAAAAUAUGCACAUGAUGAACGUCUACAUGGCAAAUGUCCAUUACCACGUAGUGAUAAUCUUGAACCAGUUGCUGGAGCAUACAAUUACAAUCACAACAGCUUAACUCCUUUUUCGCCACGCACAGCUGAAAUGAUUUCAGUACUUAAAGCAUUAAGCACGUUAAUUGGUGCAUUAAAACGAGCUCCAAAAGAUUCAGUUGAAAUCAAUAUAUGGCAUCAAUUAAUUGCAUUAUAUCCGUGUCUUGUUGAAUGUACAACAUCACCAUCUCCACAAAUUUGUAAUGCAAUUAAAGAUACAUUGCAUCAAUAUUUUCCACUUUUAACACCACCAUCUUCAAUUCGAUAA